AUGCCUAUCCUCUUCCUUGGAGCCACUACCAACGGCUACGACGGUAGUCUGCUGAAUGGACUUCAGGCCAUGGACCCAUGGCAAGAGUACUUUGGCCAUCCUAAUGGGUCUACCUUGGGCCUUUCCAGUGCAAUCCUGCAAAUCGGUGCAUUCUCUGCUAUCUUCUUCUGUAUGUCCCAUCAAACCUACGUUCGAGGUCUUUUCUUACACGUUGCACAGCGUCGUACCUUGCCGAUCUUCUUGGCCGUCGGAUUGGAUGUGACCGUGGGUAUCGUGAUUCUGAUCGGUGGCGUCAUCCUACAAGUCGUCCCGGGCGUCACUACUUCGAUGUAUAUCGGUGGCAUGUUCCUCGUCGGUCUUGGCUCGAACACAACGCAAGGUUCUGCACCUCUCUUAAUCAUGGAGCUGGCUCAUCCGCAACAUCGCGGCAAGAUUACCACUAUGUACAACACUCUGUGGUACUGCGGCUCGAUCGUCGCUGCCUGGACAUGCUAUGGUACAACGUCCUACUCUACGAACAUGGCAUGGAGAAUACCGACGGCCGUCAUGGUCCUAAUGCCUGCGCUCCAGUUGCUAGGUGUAUGGGCGCUUCCCGAAUCGCCAAGAUGGCUCGUCUCGAAGGACCGCCAUGAGCAGGCGCUCACAACAUUAGCGAAGUACCAUUCUAAUGGGAACACCCAAGAUCCUUUCGUUCAGUGGGAACUUUCGAGCAUCAAGGAUACCCUCCAGAUGGAGAAAGAGAAUUCCAAACAGGGUUGGCAAGUCUUGCUGCAGACAAAGGGACAUAGACGACGAGUACUGCUUCUUGCGCCCGUCUCUUUCUUCUCACAAUGUUCUGGCAAUGGAAUGGUCAGCUAUUACCUCCAUUCGAUCUUGAACUCUGUCGGAAUGACCGAUCCACACGAUCAGGCUCUGUUCAACGGUGGUCUUCAGAUCUGGAGCUUCUUCGUCGCUAUCUGCUUCUCAGUCUUCCUGGUUGACAAAUUUGGUCGCCGCAAGCUUUUCUUGAUUGCUGCUGUUGGUAUGCUGGUUACAUUUACCAUUUGGACAGCCUGCUCAGCAGUGUUUGCUAAGACUGGCAACGCCGGCGCCGGAAAAGCGGUUCUGGCCAUGAUCUUCCUGUUUUACGGAGUUGCAGGUUUCGCAUGGCCUGGCUUGACGGUAUCUUACGCCGUCGAGAUCCUGCCGUACAACAUCCGUGCCAAAGGCCAGACCUCGCUGGCUUCUCUAUUCAAUCAAUAUGUCAACCCUAUCGGACUUGAAAGGAUCGCAUGGAAAUUCUACUUCGUCUACAUCGUUAUCCUGGUGAUUGAGGUCAUCACUAUCUACCUUAUCUUCCCAGAGACCCGCGGUCUUACUCUGGAGGAGGUGGGCCACCUGCUCGACGACGAUUCGAAGCACUCUUCCACUCAGUCGAGCGAGAUUGAGGAGAAGUCUGAUGUCGAGCUGGUCGAAUACGCCGAGGGAAAACAUUGA